AUGCACCAGCCUUCGGGGCAAGGAAGUCAAAUUGGAGCAGGGUAUCAAAGAGGAGCUACUCCUUGGCCACCCUUGGGAACCAUUAAUGAGAUCUUUGCCACCCUAAGGCAAAAUGCAAGCUCUCUAUCAGGUGUCAUAUUUGUGGCCUUGAAGCCAGAGCUUGAGGAGUGGAUCCAAGAAUCCAAAAGGGUUAAGUUUGAGACACUGUUGACCUUAGGCUUCUCGGAAGAAGAUAAAAUUGGAACUUUGCAACCUCAUGACGAUGCCCUGGUGGUGACCCUUCGUAUUGGAGGGUAUGAUGUAAAGAGGGUACUAGUAGACCAGGGAAGUGAGGCGGAAAUUAUGUACUCGGACUUAUAUAAGGGAUUGAAUCUCAAGCCUGAUGAUUUGAGCAAAUAUGAUUCCCCUCCGUUGGGGUUUGACGGGAGAAUGGUAAUCCCUCAUGGGAUGAUCAAACUACCCGUGCAAGCAGGGAAUGAAGUGGUGGAAGUGAACUUUAUAGUAGUUGAAGCCUAUUCUCCUUAUGCGGCCAUUUUAGCAAGGCCUUGGCUCCACGCCAUGGGAGUAGUGUCAUCAACCUUGCAUAUGAAGGUUAAGUUUCCUAUCGAAGGGCGAAUUUGCGAACUUGUGGGAAGCCAAACAAUGGCUAGGCAAUGCUUGGUGGCUGCUAUCAGGAACCAAUCAAUAAAAAGGGUUACUUCGGCUCCAGAGGAGACUUCGUAG